AUGUUGUGGCGAAUUUACCGGUUUACAUCAACGAUUGCAGGUUUCAUGAUCAGGAAAAACCUCUGGCUGUAUGCUCUAACUUACUGGUAUGUGUGCUUUUCAGGUGUGCUGUGAUCUCCGAGAUGAGAGAAGGGCAGCCAAUGGAUUUUCCAUGUAACAUGGAGGGACACUAUCUCACUAUCUUUCUCCCAGGAAGAGAGAAGUACCUGACACUGUGUGAGGUUGAGGUGUAUGGGGGGGAAAGAGAUGACCCUAGCCAAUCAUAA